UUGGUCUACUUUUCCUUGGCAACUUGCUUGUUUUGACUGUGCUGCACUCGACCACUCCUGCACCUGCGCCUUCAUUCGUCCCUAUUGUGUGAGAGAGAGAGUGUGUGUGAGCUUGCCUCUGUCAGCCAGCUCGCAAACGAGUGGGCCGGAAGAAGAAGAAGAAAGGGCCACCAUGUCCAACCCAACAGCGGCAGAGCCGUUCAAGCCCCGCAAGAUCCGUGUGUAUCGGAAUGGGGACACCCACUUUCCCGGACGGAACAUUCUCAUCCGCAACCCAAAAGUUGACUUUACCGUCUUCUUGGACGUGGUCACGCAGGGCGUCAAGGCCAACUUUGGUGCGGUGCAUCGCCUGUAUGAUGCCGAGACAGGGCACCGUGUCCGCGCCAUCCUUGAUUUGGAGGACGGCCGCGCGUAUGUGGCUGCCGGCAAGGAGCGAUUCCGCCCAUACGCAUAUGCGCAGAUCCCCGACGCAAAGACGCUGGGCAAGCCGCUGCGAGGCGGGGCAGUGAACCCGCUGCCGCCUGUGCAUCAUAUCCGCAAGCCUGUUCGCUCCGGCCGCGCACGCAAAGCCGCCGCAGCAACCAGGCCCAUCAUCAUCACCGUGCUGCGCAACGGUGAGACGGGUCCCGGGGUGAAGCUGAUGCUUGGCAAGCGCGACCGACUAACCUUCGAUCAGGUGUUCCGGCAGAUUGAGGAACGCGUCGCCCUCCCCGCCGAACCAAUCCGAAAGAUGUGCGACCUGCAGGGCCAUCGCGUGAACACGCUCGCAGGCAUCUUCGAUGGCGCUGUGCUCGUCGCUGUUGGCCGCCGCCACAAGUUCAAACGCGCGCUGUACGAGAACAUGUCGCAGGACGACUUUGCAGUGCAGCACUCGCCCUCACGUACGCACCCUCAUCACGACAGCAGCAGCAGCAACAACCCGCCCAUGCACUCGCUCAACAACAAGGCCGUCUUGCCGCCCAUUGGCCACCAGCAGCUUCAGCAGCAGCAAGAUGGCCAUCACAACAACCGAUACAGUCACCACCAGCACCAGCGCCAGCACCAGCAUGAGCAAUCGUUCGACCAACAACAACAACAGCAGCAGCACCAAGAACAGCAGCAACAGCAGCAUCAUCAUUUCUUUGGCGAGGACGACAGGGCGGCGUCUGAGCUCGAAGACAGCGGGCAGGAGCGACAGGUCAAUGCCGAUGAUGCUGAUGAUGAUGGCGAUGAUGGCGAUGAUGGCGAUGAUGACCAGCUGCACCAUGAGCAUGAACAGCGGGAGGAGGAACAGGAAGAAGAAGAGGAAGAAGAGGCAGAAGAAGGCCGUGAACAGCGGGAGGAGGAAUAUGCUGCACAAGACGAAGGGGAGGAUGAGCAGCAGGUGAAUGGAUGGCAGCACCCGGACCGCCGUGCCGACGAUGGGCGACGCGACGCCGACCAAGAGGAAGACCACGACACCCAACAGCACGGGGAGGCGAUGGCGUCUGAGCCGACGGUUGUGAUUGGGAGCGCGGCGCACACGAUGACGCGGGAGGCGGCGAUGGGCGCCAUCAGCAGCACCCCGCCUCUACAGGAGGAGGAGCAGGAAGAGGAGGAAGAGGAGGAAGAGGAACAAGCAAGUGAGGGUGAACAGGGUGAAGAAGAGCAAGAAGAAGGUGGGGAGGAUGAAGAGGACGACGAAGGGGAACACUAUGACCAGAAAGAGGGGCAAGGGGAACAGCAGCAAGACUAUGAUGAAGAUCAGGAGCAGCAGGAAGGCGAGGAACAAGAGGACGAGGAACAAGAGCAGCGAGAAGAAGAUGCAGAGGAGGAGGAGGAGGAGGAGCAAGAACAGGAUGAUGAUGAUGAUGACCAUGAUGGCGAUGAUGACCAAGAGGCUGACGGUGAUCAUGGCGUCCAAGAUGAUGGGCAAGAAGACGACGACGCAGCCGAGGCAGAGGGUGAUGAUGGUGAUGAUGGCGAUGAUGAUGAGGCGCAGAGCUAGACGUGAUGCAUGUCUUUGUUGUUCUUCGGCAUUGCUUUUCGCAUCUGCAUCCAUGCGCAUGAGAGUGUGAGCUUGUUUGCUCACUUCUUUCGUAUUGAGCCAGUCUAGUGGGCUCUUCUCUAUUUCCAUUGGCUUCUCGCUUGCUUGCAUCAUCACAUCCCAUCACAUCCCAUCACACAUCACAUCACGCCGUCGGCACCGUCAACUUCGUCGCCACACCACGUCUUCAUGUGCUAUCUUGCUUUCUUGUGAGUGGUUGUGUAUUAUGGGUCACAUCAUGUCACAUGUCUUGCCCAUGCUGUCAGAAAGGGAUAAAAGCCCAAUGUCACA